GGGUGGGGGGAGCAGGGUUUCCUCUAGCUCCAAAAAAUGCGCCCACCCCGACAUUACCAAUACAGUCACGCGGGUUGCGGAAGGCUGUCAGACUGUCGGCCUCUCUCUCGACGCCUUUAUGAUCGCCAGGACCACGACUCUUUUUCUCCUGAGGGAAAGAAUGAGGCCCUCUCUCCCUGAGCCAGAGGUAACUGGGCGACGCUCGGGCUGCAGAGAACAGAUGACGGAAACCUAACUGGCCAAUGAGAGUGCGCCUUGGCCUGACGUCUGGCGAAAGGACCCAAUCAUUACCUUGGAAUAGGUGGAAAGCUCGGGCGCCUGUGUGCGUUUACAGUGGGGGUGUGGCCCGGCCGGGAUUUAGCCAGACUGCGCGGCCGGACGCCGGCGCCAUGGAGGAGUACGCUCGGGAGCCUUGCCCAUGGCGAAUUGUGGAUGAUUGCGGUGGAGCCUUCACUAUGGGUGUUAUCGGCGGUGGAGUCUUCCAGGCCAUUAAGGGCUUCCGCAAUGCCCCUGUCGGAAUCCGGCACCGAUUGAGAGGCAGCGUCAACGCUGUGAGGAUCCGAGCCCCUCAGAUUGGAGGUAGCUUCGCGGUGUGGGGAGGCCUGUUCUCCACCAUCGACUGCGGUCUGGUGCGCCUGCGGGGCAAGGAGGAUCCCUGGAACUCCAUCACCAGUGGAGCAUUGACCGGUGCUGUGCUGGCCGCCCGCAGUGGCCCACUGGCCAUGGUGGGCUCGGCAAUGAUGGGGGGCAUCCUUUUGGCCCUUAUUGAGGGUGUUGGCAUCCUCCUCACUCGUUACACCGCCCAGCAGUUCCGCAAUGCACCCCCAUUCCUGGAGGACCCCAGCCAGCUGCCCCCUAAGGAGGGUACCCCGGCCCCAGGCUACCCCAGCUAUCAGCAGUACCACUGAGGAAGUGACCGCCUAUCACCGCCACCGUGGGAGCUCCUCCUCGGUUCCCUCCCCGAUGAUCUACCUCCAAGGGAGGGCUGGCUCCCAGUUGGCCUGGGACCCUCGAGAGAGGGCCUCUACUCUGUUCCCUUAUCCCAGGUUGGGGUUGGGGCACCCCAGCUGCCCUGAUGGAUGGGUUUCUUCUCUCUCAGGGCACCCCAGCCCACACUCACAUGUAACAAGCUCUCACCCUAGUCCUUUCGCGUGGCGCCCCGAUGAGUAUUUAAAGCCAGUUUUGAAAUGCC